AUGGAAAUGAACCACCUCAUAGGUCAACGAUUCAACCUGAUCUCCAAGAGCGACAUUCGCUAUGUCGGUACUCUACACGAAAUCAACCCCGAAGCCUCGACGAUAGCCCUCGAGAAUGUCAUGUCAUUCGGCUCCGAAGGGCGCCGUGGAAAUCCUGCAGAUGAGGUGCCUCCGUCCACCAGCGUUUACGAAUACAUCGUGUUCCGAGGAAGUGAUGUGAAGGAUAUUAGCAUCGCUUCGGAUGAGCAAAAAGAGCCCCCACAGCAUGAGGCCCCUCGGGUACCAGAUGACCCGGCCAUCCUCGGAGGCAUGCCACGACCUAAUCCCGGUCAAGGACCUGAUUCGGCGCCAGCUCCUCAGAACCUUCCUCAGGGACCUCCCAAGCCACCUCAGGGAGCUGGCCCAACACCUCCCGGUUAUCCCCAACAGCCUCAAUUCCAACAGGGCUUCUACCCACCUUAUGGACAAUUCGGACCCCCUCCUCCGUUCCCCCCUGGUCCCGGUUUCCCUCCAUACGGCGCUCCACCUGGUUGGUACCCUCCCCCUGGCCAUGGAUUCCCACCUGGUCCUGGCCAAUUCCAACCUCCCAUGCCCAUUGGCCCUGGCCAGCAGCCUGGAUCCCAGCGCCCGGGACCUCCUGGUGCCACCCCCGCACCACAACUCAACUCUGAACUGCCGGUCGGGGAUAAGGCUACCAGCGACAAUGUAACACCUGCAGCUCAGAAAGCCCCCACUCCCCCAGUCCAAUCCAAGCCGUCCGUGGCUGAAGCUACUGCCCCUGUGACUGCUGCCCCAGCAAAGAGCGGCCGAGUCAUGCCCGCCAUACCGAUCGCUGCCCCCCGUCAGGCGGCCCCGGUCCCCCAAAUUUCUACUGCCCCUCGAGGAAAUAGCCAGCAAGUUACCGAUGCCACUGCGGCUGCCACAGCUGCUGUCGCUGCCGCUAUGGCCAAGCUGCCUCAGCCCGGACAAUCCGAUGGUGCCAUCGAUGCGCUCAAUCAAAAGAUGCACCAAAUGCGUCCUUACGACAACAACCGUGCUCCCCGAGGCGGUCACUCACAUCCCCGCGGAGGUCGCGGCGGACCUCGCCCUCAGCAACAACACAAGAAGAUUGAUGUUCCCCAGUCCGAUUACGAUUUCGAAACCGCAAAUGCCAAGUUCAACAAACAGGAUCUGGUGAAAGAAGCUAUUGCCACUGGAGUUCCAGCUGCUGAGGCUGAGGCCCAAGCCCAUGCGGCCGAGGAGGCGGCAAACUUGGAGUCAAUGUCCAAUGCCGGCGGGUCCUCUAACCCGGGAUACAACCGCGGCUCUUCUUUCUUUGACAACAUCUCCAGCGAGGCUCGUGAUCGUGAGGAUAACACUGCUCGUGUCGGCGGUCGCGAAUGGCGCGGAGAGGAGGAGAAGCGCAACAUGGAGACCUUUGGACAAGGCAGCGUCGAUGGCUACCGUCCCAACUACCGUGGACGUGGACGUGGCCGCGGUUAUGGCCGUGGUCGCGGUGGCUAUGGUCGUGGCUACGGCCGUGGCCGGGGAGGCAUGCGUGGUGGUCGAGCUGCUUCUGAGUCUACCGGUGUGCCAUCACAGGGCUGA